AGAAAAUUAUCAUACGCAGACGUUUAAAAUGUUGAGAGUUGAGAGAUGUCAUAAUAAAGAAUAUUGUGAUGUUUAUCUUGAAGUGUUGAAAGUUAAAUGCUAUUUUCAAUAUUUUAGUGAUUAUAAAUGUGGACAGUUAUAUUAAGAAUAUUAUAUUGAUGAGAGAAUUCCAUACUUAUUGUUGGCAGAAGUAUUGUCCUACCUAUUAAUUUUACCAAUUAGACUAGGUUUAAUGUAGAGUAUAAUAACUGGGUGAUCUAUAUAUAGUAAUUUAUUGAAAUAAGGUAUUAAAUCACUUCUGCUUCAGUUAUUUACUUAUCAUGUAAUUUUAUUCAAACCUGAAAUACUGGAAGUUUUUUAUUAUCAAAAAUGACGACUGUGGCCAUGGAGGAAUAUGAGUUGAUGAAAGACCCAAAAUAUCGUUUGUAUGUGGCAGCAGUCGAUAAAGCUUUGAAGAACUUUGAAUUUUCUUCCGAGUGGGCUGAUUUAAUCUCUGCUCUAGGAAAACUGAAUAAGGUUUUAUUGAGUUACACUAAAUUUCCUGUUAUUCCAAGACGUAUUAAAAUAAGCAAAAGACUUGCACAAUGUAUGCACCCAGCGUUACCUUCUGGGGUACAUCUGAAGGCCCUAGAAACAUAUGAUAUAAUAUUCCGCUGUAUGGGAACAAAUAGGUUGGCUUGUGAAUUAUUCAUCUAUAGUGCAGGUAUAUUUCCACUUAUGGGACAUGCUGCCAUGAAUAUAAGACCUACUCUAUUGACUAUAUAUGAAACCCAUUUUGUUCCGCUGGGAGAUAGGCUUCGUCCAGCUUUAAGUGGAUUUCUGAGCGGUAUUUUGCCGGGAUUAGAUACGGGAACUGACCAUUUUGACAGAACCAAUUUGUUACUCGAAAAUGUUUGUGAUGGGGUGGAACCACCAUAUUUUUAUACAUGUAUAUGGCAGUGUGUCGCAAACAAUAGUCCUGUAAGAUUACCUGCGAUUAGUUAUAUAUUAGCUCACUACAGUAGAAAAUUAUCGAUGGAAGAUCAGCUGUACUUGAUGGGAAGCGAUAUAGGGCUCAUGGUGUCUGGUCUUUGUGCUGCAGUUCAAGAUUACAGUGUUCUCGUUCAAAGGUCUGCACUUGACCUGUUGAUGGUGUGUUUUCCCAUGCAAAAUAAACAACUGUUAUAUGCCGACAUGGUGAGAUUGGUGACAGCGGCUCUCACAACAAUAUUGAGAAGGGAUAUGUCUCUCAACAGGCGCUUGUACUCUUGGCUCUUGGAAACUGAAGUCAACAAUCUGCCGGUAUUUCAGAUAGAAGGAGAACACAAUGAAACUCCAACUCAUCAAGACCAUUCAAUAGCUUACGAUUUGUUGAAUGAUGCACUGAAAAUAAUUUUGAAAAGGUGCAGCACCAAAACCCCCUUAGAUAUAAAGCCUUACAGACUGCUUACUUCACUUUUUGAUAAACCCCAAAUAGGGCCCGUCAUUUUGGAUGGUAUUCUUUAUGAUGUUUUCAGAACUCUUUAUAUCUCUUGUCUACAUCAACAAAAACAUAGAAAUAGCGUCGUGAGGUGCGUCUCAUUCAACGGUGAUCUGACCAGUUUGAAAAAUGAUGAUAAUUCACUAAAUAAACAGUUCGUUACUAAAAACUGCCAAGAACUGAUCAAAAAUGCGAACCUUCUGUUCAAUACACUACAAAGUUAUUACAUCUGGUCCUAUAUAGAAAAAUUAUACAUAGAAUCAGUUAAAACUAUCAAGGAUUAUAAAUAUCGAGAUAGGUGUCAAGUAAAUGAUAUUGGGAGUGGACCACCUCAUAUUUUGGAAAUUUGUAUUUUGACAGACUUUUUACUAGACAUUAUACCAAUUGAAUCUUAUGCCGAAAGUACGUCCAAUAUAUUGCCCAAUUUGUUUUCCAAUAUAAUAGUCACAAUGAAAACCAAUCUACCAGACCUGAAUCAUCAUGAAAUAACUGAAAGUUUGCGAUUGUGCACAAGGAUUUUAACUAAAAUUCAACCUAUCACAUUGACACACAUUCAGAACACUAAUAAUGAAGUAGAAACGGAUUCCUUCAACGAAUCAAUUGAGAAAUCCCAAGAAAGUUCUCAUGUACCGGAAGAUAAAGCAGAAAAUGAAGAGGAAAGAACACUAGAAAAAAGUAAAUCAGAUUCUAGAAUAAACGAAAACUUGAACAAUUUAGAGAAAAAUGAGUUGACGAUAGAUGAGAGUAGUAGGGAAAGAUCUUACAGCAACCAAAUGUUGAAGAAAAAGGAAAAAUCAAGCCCUAGAAUAGAAAAGAAGGGGAAAAAUAAAAAAUCAAAGUCUACUCCAAAAUUGAAUGACUUGAAAAAUGAGAAUAUCGAAUCGAUUAGUUCAGAAAAUGCUUCACCUGACAAACGCGAACAGGCUAUUCCCGAAAUCAACAAAACAACCAAAGUUGAAAAUAAAUACUUCAUCAAGUGCUUAGAAGAAUACAAAAAGUUUUAUGUGAGCUUCAUUAAAAUUAAACUGUUGCCUAGUACUGACAUAAAAGCCUUCUUUACAUCUUUAAUUUAUGAUAGAAGUGAAAGAAUCAAUGAGCUGAAGAAUUUGCUAGAUUCCCGAUUACGAGAUGACGCAAUGUCCAAUAUAGCUUCAGAAAGUGUAACAAACCAUUACGAGAAAUCUAUGACCGUUGCCUCAAAUAUACUCCUGGAAUUUUCGGCCUUUUCAAAUCUAUUGGGCCAUCAAGCAGAUAAUCGUGUACCUGACUGGGUAGAAUCGCUCAUUGUGGUUGCAUGCUGCCAAGAUUCGUCUAGAGAAAUACUAAUGACUGCAAUGAGCACUCUUCUAGAAAUGUGCAGCUUGGCCAAGAAUCAAGUGUUGAAUAAAGAAGAAAAAGUUUCAACCAUAGUUAUUACAGGCAUUUUAUCUUUGUCCAGUGUCAAGUACAUUGAAGAGAACACUGUUGUUAUAGAGAUUACUGUACUGGGUAAAAGGAAAUAG